UUCCAUAUCCCUUAAGCACAAACACCAAUUGUGGUGAUCCUGACUAUCCUCUUCGUUGUGAUUCCCAUACUCAAAAACUGUACUUGGAUGCAGUUAAUGGAAGCUCUUACUUUGUUCUCAGAAUCAUGGCUUCGUUUCACGAAUGGUGGUGCAGCCAUUGGAGUAUUUACCUGACACUUGUGUUACGCAAGACAUGCCUCUAAGUGAGGGCAUUUGGUUAGACCAAACACUCCCUUUUAACAUCACUUCCUCAAACACAAUUUUCAUCUUUAACUGCUCUCCCCGGCUCUUGGUCUCUCCUUUAAAUUGCACUCCAUCCAGUAUUAGUCAUCGUUACCUGGAGAAUUCUGGACAUGUUCCCACAAAUCUUGCAUCUAAGUGUGCAAGUGAAGUUCGCCCUUGUUGCACCUUUCUUGCGGGUGGGUUGCCUUCAGCAUACAAGAUAAGGCUGCAUAGUUCAGGUUGCAGAGCAUUUAGGAGUAUCCUUCAUUUGGAUCCUGGAAAGCCUGCAAAUGAAUGGGUGGAGGGAUUGGAAAUUCAGUGGUCUCUUCCAUCUGAACCAGUUUGCAGAAGACAACUUGACUGCUUGAAGAAUUCAAAAUGUUUGUCUGCUGGAAGUAAUGGCCUGUUUCGUUGCCUGUGCAAUAGGGGCUACUACUGGGAUAAUAGUCUUGGAGCCUGUUCGAGAGAGAAAAGAAACUCCAAUGUCGGCUUUAGAUUGAAGAUCUCAGUGGGGGUAAUCUCCUUUUUUAGCGUAACAGUAGCAAUCAUAACAAUUGUGGCAAGAAAACUGCGCGAAAAUUCUAACCAGGCUACGCUUGUAGAAGCAAGAAAAGAGAUUUUGAAAGCAAGCAAUGGUGGGAAAUCUGCAAGAGUUUUUUGCCUGAAAGAGGUGAAGAAAGCAACCAAUGGUUUCUCAAGAGACAAGAUUUUGGGAAGUGGAGGCUUUGGAGAAGUUUAUAAAGGUGAGCUCCAAGAUGGGACUGUUGUAGCUGUUAAGGUGGCUAAACUGGGUAACAUCAAAAGCACCCAACAAGUGCUUAAUGAAGUUGAGAUUCUUUCUCAGGUCAAUCAUAAACACUUGGUUAGACUCUUGGGUUGCUGUGUAGAAGCCGAGCAACCAUUGAUGAUCUACGAGUAUAUCUCAAAUGGGACCCUUUACGAUCACUUACAUGGCAAGCGGUCAACAUUUCUAGAGUGGAAAACAAGGCUAAAAAUAGCUUUACAAACUGCUGAGGCUCUAGCUUAUUUACACUCUGCAGCAUACACUCCUGUCUACCAUAGAGAUGUCAAGUCAACAAAUAUACUUUUAGAUGAUGACUUCAAUGCAAAAGUUGCUGACUUUGGGCUCUCGAGGCUGGCUCGUCCAGGCCUGAGCCAUGUAUCAACCUGUGCGCAGGGAACUUUGGGAUACCUAGACCCUGAAUACUACAGAAACUACCAGUUGACUGAUAAAAGUGAUGUAUAUAGUUAUGGUGUUGUAUUGCUUGAGCUUCUGACUUCCCAGAAGGCUAUCGAUUUUUCAAGAGAUCAAGAUGAUGUCAACCUAACGAUUUACACGAGCCAACGGGCCAGGAAUGGUGCAAUCAUGGAGGUGGUGGAUCAGAAACUGCUGGGUAAGGAGGCUUUAGCUAAUACGGUAAGAAGCAUUAGACUUUUUUCAGAGCUUGCAUUUGCCUGCGUGAGGGAGAAGAAAAGUGAUAGGCCUACCAUGAAAGAUGUUGUUCAAGAUCUUCAGUGUAUUAUUGAAAUUCGAAAUCAGGAAAACAUUUGUAGUGAGGGGAUAUGACUUUACAUAUGCUGAAGUAGUAUUGACUGUCGAGACAUUCAUUGCUUUCUUACAUGUCUCUGAAUAUUCAGUGUGCAAAGGUGUUAGAUUUUAGGAAGGUGGUGGAAAUGAUUUGAGAACCUUAAUUUUUGGGUGGACCAUGGAAGCAAAAUUAAUGGGGAUUCCAAGUUCUAUUGAAAGAUAUAAAGAAAAAGGAGAGGAUCUGAUGCUUAACUUUUGGCAUAGAAAAGAUACAUGGAUUUUUUAGCAGAGGUAU